GUUACGCAUUUAUUUCAAUUUCUUGAGUGACCUUUACGAUAGAUUCCUACUCAGUUUGACAAUUUUUCUUUGAUCCAACUCUUAAAUUAACAUUCACCUCUACUUUUUCAUUUUUCGUCGGUUCUUUAAAAAAUUUAAACCCUUAAAAGAAUUAAAUUAAAAUAAGUAUAGUGAAGACCAAUAAGCAAUUGCAUGGACCCUGAUUGAUUCAUUACCGCUAAAACUUUGUCUGAAUCCUUCUUCCUAUUUAUACCACUCUCUUCUUCUUCUCCAUUUUCAUUACACCGAACUUCUCACAUCUCCACAUUCUGCAUUUUGACUAAAACACCCUUUUGUUUUCUCUCUCUCCUUUGCAUGUUGUGAUUCUUUUGCUUCACAACAUGGGCGUUUUAGUAAUCUCGGUUCUUGUGGUGCAUCUCCUAGUUUUUUCCGUCUGCGUUCAAGGCGUAUACCGUCGUGGUGGCCACCAUCCCGGCGGCCACAUGGGACCUUGGAUCAACGCUCAUGCCACUUUUUACGGCGGGGGUGAUGCUUCCGGCACUAUGGGUGGAGCAUGCGGGUACGGGAAUCUGUACAGCACAGGUUACGGACUGGAGACGGCGGCACUGAGCACGGCGUUAUUCGAUCAAGGACUUAGUUGUGGCGCAUGUUUUGAGCUGAUGUGUGUCAAUGAUCCUCAAUGGUGCAUAAAAGGCCGAUCCAUUGUGGUCACUGCCACUAACUUUUGUCCUCCUGGUGGUGCAUGUGACCCUCCCAACCACCAUUUCGAUCUUUCUCAGCCGAUCUACGAGAAAAUUGCUUUGUACAAAUCCGGUAUCAUUCCGGUUAUGUACAGAAGGGUUCGGUGCAAGAGAAGUGGCGGGAUAAGGUUCACGAUCAAUGGCCACUCAUACUUUAACUUGGUGUUGGUCACAAACGUGGGUGGAGCCGGGGACGUACACUCGGUCUCAAUGAAAGGGUCGAGGACAAAAUGGCAAUUAAUGUCAAGAAAUUGGGGGCAAAAUUGGCAAAGCAACUCUUAUCUCAACGGUCAAAGUCUGUCGUUUGUUGUUACCACAAGUGAUCGUCGAAGUGUCGUCUCGUUUAAUGUUGCACCUGCCACUUGGUCCUUUGGCCAGACCUACAUCGGAGGACAGUUUCGGUAUUAAUUAUAUAUAAUCGGUUUUCGGUUUGGUUUUGUUCGGUUUUGUUAUUGUGUUUUUUUUUUUUCGGUUCCAAGUUGGGGACUCUUUUUUGGUAACCAAUUGAGAUUGGGACUGAUAGUGAUAAGUAGCGAAUAUGUGUGGGAACGAGAAAGAGAAAAGUAUAAUUCUCGUUUUUAUAAUAUAAGAAAAUGAAAGUGAUGUUAUGUAUUUGUUUUAAUUAAUUUGAGUACUAUACUUAGUGAAAAUUUUCAUGUUAUGGAAACAUGGAUUUUGUUUA